UUGCGCCUGCGCAUUUGACUGAUGGUUUACGCGACGUAAAAUCUUAUUGUGGAAAUUCUGAAGUUUGUUGUUUUAGUGACAACUUAUCCAUAAUUAUUUAUGAAAGCUUCGCGCUAAUUACCAUUUCAGGCGCGAGGCAGAUUAAUUCUGUAGCGGUCAGCCUGGAUGCGUUCAGUCACUAACAGUUCGAGCGGUGUACGGUAGCCAUCUUGGAUUCGAACAAAGCUUCAGAUGUGUAGUUUGUCUGUUUAUCAAUAAUUUUUGUGCAUUUCACUGUAAAUAGUUUGUAUGUUUAGGAUAUGUACGGAACGUUCGUCCACAUGUGUAAAUAGCUAUGGCUGCGACAAGAAAGUUACAAGGUGAGAUAGACAGGUGUUUAAAAAAAGUAACAGAAGGGGUGGAGACGUUCGAGGACAUCUGGCAGAAGGUACACAAUGCGACGAACAGUAAUCAGAAAGAGAAAUAUGAGGCGGAUCUCAAGAAGGAGAUUAAAAAGCUUCAGAGGCUACGAGACCAGAUCAAGUCAUGGAUCGCAUCGGGCGAGAUUAAGGAUAAGAGUACACUUUUAGAAUAUAGGAAACUAAUAGAAACGCAAAUGGAAAGGUUCAAAGUGGUAGAGCGCGAAACAAAAACCAAGGCAUACUCCAAGGAAGGGCUGGGCGCGGCGCAGAAGCUGGACCCGGCGCAGAAGGAGCGCGAGGAGAUGUCCUCGUGGCUCAUAUCUUCCAUUGAUGCACUUAACUUACAGAUUGAUCUUUUUGAAUCGGAAGUAGAGUCACUGUUAGUUGGUAAGAAAAAACGUCUUGACAAAGAGAAGCAGGAUCGAAUGGAGGAGCUCAAGCUAAAGCUGGAAAGGCACAGGUUUCACAUCAAGAAGCUGGAGACUUUGCUGAGGAUGCUUGACAACAUGUCUGUAGAAGUUGAACAGAUAAAAAGAAUAAAAGAAGAUGUGGAGUACUACAUAGUGUCGUCACUAGAACCCGGCUACGAAGAGAACGAAUAUAUCUAUGAAGACAUCAACGGUUUGGACGAGAUAGAGCUGAGUGGAGUCGGCCUGCCUUCCUCCGCAACCACAGACAGCAACAACAGCAAUGACUCGCCCGGCUCACCCACUAGCAUACUAUCAGGUGACUUUAAUGGAACAAGUCCAAUCACCUCCCCAGGAUUAGACGCUCUCAAUCACACGGCAGACUCCAUAGACAUAGAGAAGAAGAAGAAAGAAGACCUUACGGCGAAACCGGUGAAGCCGCUAGCGUUGCGAGCGUCGUGCGUCAGCAGCAGCCCCGCCACCGUCAGCAGCAGCUCCUUCCCGCUCGGCCUCAGCCUCAGCUCGCAGCUCAACCUGAACCACUCGCACUCCAACCCGCAGAGCAACAGUAUAAACAACACGGGCGCGUCUGGUACGUCUACUCCCAUCAAACAGCCCGCACCGCCCUCGCCACACCUGACCAGGCCUAGCGACCACAUCUCCGCUCUGCUGCAGUGGCCAGGCGCGCUCAGCGAGGACGUUUCGAGUGUGGGCGCAGAAGUAGUGGAAAAUGGUCCGGUCCCGCACCUGCCGCCGCCCGCGCUCGCGCUGCUCUCCAACCACGCGCUGCAACCCGCGCCCACGUCAAAAAGCGUGUCGGCGACGUCAAUCGCGCCGAGCCUCGUCAACACGACGUCGGUCGCGAGCGUCGUCAGCGCCAGCAUCGCCAGCAUCGCGGCCACGCUGUCCGACGCGCCCUCACCGCUCACGGUCAACGGGCCCACGCACGCGCCGCACGCGGCACACACGACACACACGCCACACACGCCGCACACGCCACAACACAUCGUCAACAAUGGUAGAGUAAGCGAAACGCCGAGUACGCCAUCGCUUAAUACACUAAACACACUCAACUCGAGCGCGUCGAGCGUUAGCUCUGCGAGCGUGGCGAGCGGGGUGGCGGCCUCGCUCAAAAGCAUGGCGCAGGAAGCCGUGCAGCGCGCGGGGCUCGACCACCAUCACACGCAGGAAGACGAGGAAAAGAACGACGCUGUGUUACGGCUACAAGCCGGCUUCACGGUCGGCGGCGCCAUCGGCAGCGCGAGGCGCGGCGCGGCGGUGUCGCACGCGAACAUACCACCGAUACUGGGAGUUGCGCCGCUAGGGCCUCUACCUUUGAAUAACGACCACCAAGUGCAAUUCCAGAUGAUGGAGGCCGCGUUCUACCACAUGCCACACCCUUCCGACUCGGAGCGCACGAGGGUCUACCUACCCAGGAACAUUUGCCAGACACCCGUCUACUACAAUCAGGUGCUGUUACCCCACUCAGACUCGGUGGAGUUUUUCCAGCGGCUGUCGACGGAGACAUUAUUCUUCGUAUUCUACUACAUGGAGGGGACGAAGGCGCAGUACCUAGCUGCUAAAGCGCUGAAAAAGCAGAGUUGGCGCUUCCACACAAAGUACAUGAUGUGGUUCCAGAGGCACGAGGAGCCUAAGGUUAUCAAUGAGGAGUAUGAACAGGGCACGUACAUAUACUUUGACUAUGAGAAGUGGGGCCAGCGGAAAAAGGAGGGCUUCACAUUUGAGUACAAGUACUUAGAGGAUCGCGACUUGAACUGAGCGCGCCGCGACCGAAGCCCCCCCGCCCGACCCGCGCCCCUCCGCUGCCCCCGGCCGGGGCCCCGAAGCUCCGAGGACCGAAGGACCUGCGAAGGCGCCACGAAAUUGUGAAAUUUCUCCGUCAUUCCGUUACCGAGUAUUAAUUUAUAAUAUUCGCGACCGGUUCGUCCGAUCUCUGUGAUGAUUGAUGAACCGACGCCACAAUCGCGAGUGACCAAAGUGAAAGUGAAAAGAAAAAAAAGUGAAAGUGAAAAGUGAAAACCAAAAAUGAAAAAGUAUAAAACUUACAAGUGCUCAACGGUUUCCACCUGUCGGUGUGAAGACUCAGUGCGCGGCAGCCGACCGGAGCCACCGGACCUUUUGUAUGAUAGUUUCACUCUUCUGGCAGUUUGUUUUUAUUGUUGUAAAAGUAAACGUAAGUAACGAAUUUGUAAAACGAACGAUGAUGCGAAAGAUAUCAUGUGAUGCAAUAAGUAUAGUGCGGCCGUGACCGUCGAACCAUUGUGAUAUCGUUAUAGGCACCCGGAGCGCGCUCGGAUGAGCAUUGUGACCCGUAAAGUACCCCCAAAGGCGCUUAGAUGAUUAGACAAGUUAAUGGGAUGUGAUCGGUGACAAAAAUCGCAUAUUUGCAAUGUAUGAAGCUCAUAUUGCUACUAGACCCAUCACAUUUAUAUAAAACGUGGUUGUGGGGUUAUUGUAUGUGCUAUGAAAGUUGAUUAAACUCAAAAUAUUUUAUGACAUGUCAAGAUAAUAUGGUUUAGAAAACAUAACCUACUGACGAAAAUGCAAGAAACUCAGCAGUAACUCUUUUCAAAGGGCAAAAUGUUACAAUAGCUAUGUCAUUGUAACAAAUCAUAUUAUCUUAUGGUUUAGUCAAUUAUUUAUCAUCAAAAGUAUAGUGAGCAAGGCCUAAACUAUAUGUAUAGCGCAUAUGCCUUUUCCAACUUUCAUAGCGCAUACCAUAAUAUUUUAUUGGACUUUUUUAAUAUCUCUGUUAUGUAUUAAAAAGUAUAGUAUAUUAGUAAAGUACAGUAUAGUAGAUCAUAUUCAACUUAAAUGAUGUUCUUUAAAUUGGAGAAUCUCAUUUUAAUAAGACUUGAAUUUCAAAGAGGGUAAAAGGCUUGUUUGAAUAAACCAACAUGCUAUAAAUGACAUGUAUACUUUUAAAUCAUUUGACUUAAUUAUUGCAAUCAAAAUAAUUCACUGAAUUAAGGCACUAAAUGAAAUACUUUAAUUUAAAAAAAAAAUAGUACCCUUAAUAUAUUACUGGUGAGUUUAGUUUUAAUUUCAUUCAUUAAAAUCUACCUAUUAUAAAACACAAAAAUUAUGUCUAAGUCCAUUAUGGAUUUUAAUACCAUCCAACUGAUGUGUCUUAAACCGGUUUCAUUAGAAAGGCAAUAAUGCGAAGAUGGUUUUAGACCACUAAAACAACAAUUUUUUAGCAUAAUGCUGUCCAUGUUAUUUGAAGUUGGGGCUGUUCUAUAAUAUUGUUAGUAAUCUAGUGAUUUGGCAUCCCACCUUUUUCUAAUGGCAGCUUCUUUAAACUUCUCAUAAACUACCUUAGGUACAAUGGGAUAUUUUAAAAUUAUGAAUUGAAAUAUAUUUUUACCUAUUUUUAUUAAUAUUUAUUUAAUCAUAUUUUAUAAAUAUAAUUUUACUUACACAUGACUCAUAUAAUAUACCAAAUUUUCUUCUUCCAUAUAGAACCCUAUAAUCAGAUUUAAAAAAGUCUGUGGCUGCAAAAGCCAACAGCAGAUAGAUGUAUUGAAAAAAAAAAGUAAGUUCCCUAUAUUUUACUAAGCUUUUUAUGUAAGAGCAAAGUAGUUUAUUAGAACCAUUACUAAGUAUAUAUAUAUUUAUAAAUUUUAUAUUAUAAUAUAAGAGUCCAAUAAAUUUUAUGCUAGUCAUAGUAUUUCAAUGAGGCAGAUUAGAUUUAUCGCUGGGUACAAAAUGUAUUGUCAAAAUAUAUUCAGUUUUUGGAUAUAUUCCUGUACGCAGUGUUCCGGUCACAAAUGUUUAAAAAAUCUGAGAGCGCUUUGGGAGAAUUGUUUUUUAAUCUUGAUUAUAGCUACUGGAUUAGUUUGGAAUAACUUUAAGUACUGACUUGGCGGGUACUAGGAAACUAUAAUCAGACAUUAAAGUUUUAUAUGGAAUCAAUAAGUUUAUGUAUAAAAUAUUGGUUGAUUUAAUAAAUUAAACAAGUACAAAAUUUUCAAAGUCAAUAAAAAAAAACUGGUCAGGUGCGAGUCUGACUCGCACACAAAGGGUUCUGUACCAUCAUACAAGAAAUUACACUUUUUAAUUAUUUUUUCAGAUUUUUGACUUGCCGAAUAAUACAUGUCUCAAUACUUCCAAGAAUCCAGGCUGAUUGAAUAUAGAAACACCUGGUUUCUAUAUUGUUUUUAAAUAAAUAGUAUAAAACAGUCUCCACCUGUAUGUCUGUGUAUUCACUUAUGGCUUCCCUAAACUUAGUAAAUUACUAUACGGUUUGAUCACCACUUGGGCCUGCACAAACAAGGGACUAUUGUCUGCGGAGGACAAAAGUUGGGCCUGCACAAACAAAAGUCCUCCACAGACAGGACCUGAUCUUUCUUCUUCAGUGUUUCGCCAUACCAUAAUAUAAAGAGAUACAAGUAGUCCAACACCUUUGAUUCAUGCUAAAUGACAACCACAACUGCUUUGCAACAUAGGCCCCUUACUAUGCCCAUUCCAAUUAA